AUGGAGGUUCGUCGUAAUCUGCACCACAACAUCCAGAUGAAGGAGAGCUACCUUGUGGGCCGUGCUCUCCUCAACUUCACGUCGAUUUUUGUGUCUUUGGGAGUGUUUUUGUUUGGUUUUGAACAAGGUUUGAUGUCGUCCCUUUUGACUAAUAGCUACUUUAAAUCAUACUACAACGAGCCGCUGCCUGCUGAGGUGGGUACCAUGAUUGCCAUCUUGGAAAUAGGGGCUCUUUUCAGUUCUUUUGAGGCGGGAAAGGUGGGGGACCGAAUUGGACGAUGCAAGACCAUUCGGUUGGGGUCAUUUAUUUUUCUUGUAGGAGGACUUAUUCAGACAACAUCUGUCAACAUAAUCAACCUCGGGUUUGGUCGGCUCAUUAGUGGAGUUGCCAUUGGAUUUUUAACCACCAUUAUUCCAUGUUAUCAGCUGGAAAUCAGUCCUCCAGACGACCGCGGAUUCUACGCUUGUCUUGAAUUUACAGGCAACAUUAUCGGUUAUUCGUCGAGUAUCUGGGUGGACUACGGAUUCUCGUUUUUGGAGAACGAUUUUUCGUGGAGAACUCCGCUUUUCAUCCAGUGUGUGAUGGGAUUUCUUUUGUUUCUUGGACUGUUUAUCAUCGUUGAGACGCCACGGUGGCUCUUGGAUCACAACCACGACAUCGAGGGCAUGGUGGUGAUCUCGGAUUUGUAUGCUGACGGCGACGUUGAGGACGAAGUGGCCAAAAACGAGUUUCGUAGUAUCAAGGAAAAUGUGCUUAUUGCUCGAGUUGAAGGCGGAGAACGGUCUUAUCGCUACAUGCUCCAUCGGUAUGCCAAGAGGGUGCUGGUGGCCUGCUUUUCGCAGAUGUUUGCCCAGUUAAACGGUAUCAAUAUUGUGUCUUACUAUGCGCCCAUGAUUUUCGAGCUGGCAGGCUGGAUCGGCCGUCUGGCAAUUCUUAUGACUGGAUUGAACUCGUUGGUUUAUGUCGCAAGUACAAUUCCCCCCUGGUACUUGGUUGACGGUUGGGGCCGCAAACCGCUCUUGAUGUGGGGUGCUGUAUUCAUGGCAGUUCCGUUGCUCGUAAUUGCAUUUUCCUUGUGUGUGAACAACGAGUAUACUCCUCAGGUGGUGGUGGUUUGUGUGGUUGUAUUCAACGCUGCGUUUGGCGCCAGUUGGGGUCCAAUUCCUUGGAUGAUGAACGAGGUGAUUCCCAACUCGGUGCGGUCCAAAGGUGCAGCGAUGUCCACAGCCACCAACUGGUUAUUUAACUUUGUCGUUGGAGAAAUGACCCCCAUACUCCUCGAUUCUAUCCAGUGGAAAACCUACCUUAUUCCAGCACUCUCGUGUGUUUUGUCAUUUUUCUGUGUCCACUUGCUCUUUCCUGAAACCAAAGGCUUGACACUCGAAGACAUGGGUUCGGUGUUCGACGACAGCUCGUCGAUUUUCUCGUAUCAUUCUGGCGGGAGAACGAGCUACGGUGCCACUUCCGACAACACCGACCGUAGAACCAGCACUUCCGAGCACCAUGCUAACAACGAAGCAUUCAGACAAUCGGCGGCGCUGUUGGCACGCAAUCCCGCAUCUGCCAACAGAAUCGAUGGCAUUAUCACCGGAACUCCUCCACCGCCAAUAGCUACCACACCUCUUAUGCCCACCAAGUCGGAUAUGUCUACGCUGCUGGCGGAACAAGACGUCAAUGUCCACCCUCGGGAAAUCGAACCGCCUACUUUUGAUGUGAUUUACAAGUAUAAAUUACAGGAGAUGUCAAGACCCAAUGUUUUCAAGAGGGCAUUGGGAUUGGGAGGAGGCCGUGAUGAAGAGGAGUUGAUGCAGUAA